AUGCUUGCACCACAUCCGAUUUUAAUCGGGUCCCUCCUUAUAUACGUAAUAAUCCCCGUGUCUUUUCAUACUUUAAGGAAUGUACCAUUGUCUGAUAACCUACCUUCGUCUUUGUACGACCUGGACUAUAUUCCACUACGUGAUGAAGACAAUGAUAACCCACCUCCGUCUUUCCACAACCUCGACUCUAUUCCCCAAUGUGAUAUAGACGAGGAAACGAGUGGUUGGAACCCCUCUUUGAAUGUUUCACAAUUUGCUUAUAGGGAACAGUGUGCAUUGCGCGACUCAAUUGCAUCCGCUUUGUGGGCGGAUCGAGGAAACAGACGCGCUUAG